GGCUGAGCCGAGGAAGUGGUAGAUGAAAUGUGUGUACGCCUUAAUAUAAGUGCUGGUAUUCAGUACCAAAACACUCCAUUAGAGUGUUCAGUCGUGUGUAGUGUAUAGAUCGUGUUAAUAAACAGCUUUACUUUGGUAGCAGAUAGUGGAUAAUAUUUAUUUGUAUACUGAGAGGGAAGAUACUGUAUGUUCGAAGUGAACAAAAGGGAGCACAAAAAAACUUUUCGUCUGCACUGGGGGUAACCCUUAAUUGAAAAUCGUCUGGGUGUCUUACGUGCCGGGCGAUGAUAUCAGUGGGAAUCUGAGGUUCAGAUGAGAAAUAUUAACGUGAAGUGGAAGCGAACGUCAUUCCUGUGCAAAUUGGGACCGUACACAUGGCGUCGCAGGCUCAGUCUCUGUGCUUACCGCAGUGGGACGUCGGUAUGAGAAGCGUUCGUUUUCUUUACCUCGCAGGCCCCAGGACGUUUAAAGUUUGCAAGAAAUGUGAUGCAGAGGAGGGUCUGGUUCCACUUUUUCUUGGAGCCGAUUUAUUUUCGAAUACAGGCAUCCGAACAGAGAAUCACACAAGAUUCCAUGCAAAGUUUGCAAAGAAAGGACUGGCAAGUAAACUCAGCUUUUCCUCUGAAUUCCGAUUUCACGGAUUGAGGCUCCCAUGUGGGACUAACCGCCUAUGGUUUUACAGCAUUCAAGGGCUUUUCCGUGUUGCGUUUGAAAUGUAUAGCAAGCGGGAACAGCUGUUUGUCCUUGAGACAUUCCAGGAACUGUGGAAAUCAAGAAUAAAUGAUGAACCCUUGAACCCAUGUUAUGAUUUGAGUGUCCAGCUGUGUCCUGCACCACCAGAUGACCUUAUCGAAAUACACAACGAGGACUGGAUGCGCAGACUCAGAACAGAAAAUACUCCAGGACAUAAUUUCUGUAUCUUAGGGGAUAACUCAAUAACGGAGACAGAUACGGUAAACAUUUCAUAUGAUACAUCUGACUCGGUUCCUACAGCCGACCACAACUACUGCUCCCCAGAAAACAUGGAAGAUCCCUCUCAUCAGGUCUCCCAAAAAGUUAGAAGCCUGGAAUAUUUUCUACAGAGCCGUAAAAAUGAUGUCCACAAUGAGCAAAUCAAAGUGAUGUUACUUCUACUGGAUCACAUGCAGCAAUAUAUGACACAGGAAUUCAGCGAGAAGGGUUUGACAGACAUUGUGUUACAGGUCUUGAAGGCAACAGAUCACCUGGUGCAAAGGCAAACCUCUGGAGAGAACUCAGUGUACAACAGCUGUCUGCUUUCUGCAGUGGGCAGUUGGCUGGGGCAGCAGUUUAAUUCUGCAAAUGCCAUAUUAGCAAGCAGAUAGAGGGAUUUAAAAAAAGCCACAUCAACAGAAUCGCAGACCUGCCUCCAGCUGAGGAGCUGGUCAGCAAGUUGUUUCCUGAAUC